CGAAAAUACUCUUUGCUUAUGGCAGAGCUCGCACGCAAGGUCUGCAAAAUAAUUCUUGCCAGUCUUGGCUUGGAUGUGGAGAAUUUCUAUCAUUUUCAUUUCGAAAGAUACACAGCUAUCAUGCGAAUAAUUCACUACCUUUCUGAUGCCAAAUCUGUGGAGGAGGAGCUGCUAUUACCUCAUACAGAUAUUGGUUCCUUUACAAUUCUCUACCAGGGUAAUGAAGGGGGGCUUCAGAUGCGAUCCAAGGAAGGGGAAUGGCUGAAUGUGAAGCCGAUCCCGAAUUCAUUUGUUGUCAAUUUGGGAGAUUCAAUGAAGGCAUGGAGCAAUGGCAUAUACCGUAGCUCAGAGCAUCGGGUUGUGUAUAAAGGGUGGGUGGACCGAUUUGCAGUGCCAUAUUUUAUUCGUUUUCCGAGGGAUAAACAAAUUUGGGCUCCGGAUGAGCUUGUGAACGAUGAACAUCCACGACGUUACAGGCCUUUAAUCUCCUCACAAUUUGAGGUGGAUUCCAUGAAUUACUUAAAAACGACGGAUGCAAAAUCCUGGACUUUCUUGGAGCAAUAUGCAGAGACAAAAGCAGCAAUCUGAAACACACAUUUGGUAACACCUCUAGAUAAAGCCAUGAACAGAGAAUGCGCGAAAUGGCAAUUGCAUUUUUGU